AGCCGGCUUAGAAAUUUGUUUUCGUUCCAUGAUUUGUUUAUUUUUCUUUGUGUUUACAAUGUGAAACUACUUACGAUGCUUGCCAUAUUCAGUUCCAUCGCCAGGAUCAUAGAUGCAAUUCUGUUGCAACCUGUUGCUGCCAUUAUUGAAGCAAUCCUGGGGGCCGUUUACUAUUUCUUUGCCAUUAGUUACUUUAUUGGUUACUUUCUGGUAAAAUGCGGCACCCUCAUCUGGAGAUACCUUUGCGAGGGCUAUGAAGUUGCCAAUGUAGUUUAUAGAAGAUGUGCCCACUACUUCAGCGAGCUGUGCAACAUAAUAUUCGAUGUUGCCGAAUAUGCAUACUAUGGAAUUACAGAUCUGACUACUGCAAUUGGAUUGUUUUUGAGCAAUCUGCUUAUGGGCAUAGGCAAUUUCACGAUCUGGCUGCUGAUGCUUCUGCCGCGUGCUCUUGUACGUCUCGCGGACUAUCUAGUGAAUAUGCUAUACAAGCUAGGCCAAUAUAUUGUAGAGCAUGGCUUACAUCUUCUAGACAACGCCUUUAGACUUUCUAUUGGCAUAGCUGUGCUGCUCGUCCUUUACAUGUUCAGACGCUAUGUGUACCUAAUGACGCUAUAUGCACUGCAAAAGAUAUACACUGAAAUAUCAAAGGCGGCACUAUGCGCCUGGACGUGGGCAAACAAUCGAAUGUCCUGGUUGGUGCAAAAGCUGCGGAUUCAACCCGCGGAGCUCAGCCUUGUACAAGCUGAUGUCUGUGUGAUAUGCUUGGAGCGUGGCCGAAGUAUUGUCAUUCUGCCCUGCCGCCACCUGUGCCUGUGCAAGCACUGCUCCCAACAGCUACAUCGAACUGAGGGUGGCCACCGUUGCCCCAUUUGUCGCAACUAUAUUGACACUUUACUUCAAAUUUAUGCUUAACUUCUUGUUUGAUUAUUGAGCUUGUUUAAAUAUUGUUUUAUAUA